UUUACUCUAACUAUUAUAUAUAAUAGCUUUAGGGUUACCACUUCUUCUGCAAGCUUUAAUGUUAUUAACGAAGCGCUUCCCAAGUUUAAUUAUUCCUAUUCUUUUGAUAAUGGGGAAGAUGUAAUUCAUGACUCGUUCCCUAGGAAAAACAGACUUAGUUACAUAGGACUGUCUAUGUGGAAUUCUAGAGGGAUUUCUUUGGAAAGGGCAAUACAAGCUAUGCUCGGGGAUGACAAUGCUUUUUACGAGUCGCCCUUAUUUACCAAGUUAAAGCAUCUUUGCAUGGGAUCAAUAAAUCAGAUAAAGGAAGUUAUUUACUCCACUUCUGGACAUUGGACUAAAGAUGGCUUAGACAAGUUCUUUAGGCAAUUUGAAACAGAGUUAAAAACCUCCAAAUUUAUUAGUCUUCAGAAAGAGUGUGUUAACUACUGCUUCUGCAUUUCAGACACUGUUGAAAGUCAACAAGCCUGUGUUCAAAGAAAAAAUUUCCUCACUUGCGCCUUAACUUUUGCUAAACAUAAAAUUGAUAAUUUGGUGUCCUUACACUUAAAAAAACAUACCCAGUCUCCUGACGCUUUACUUACCUACUUGAAGAAUUGGAGUGAUGACGUGGAGUUAAAUAGUACCAUAUAUUCCACUAUUGUUGACUCUUUGGCGAUAUAUAGAUAUGGGCCAAAUACUCUAACCUUGUCGUCCGAGGCGUUAGAUCGAGCAGUAGAUCUAAAUAUUCUUAAGGCGUACUCCAGCAUACUCAAGAGAAAGCAAGGUGAUUUUCAAAACAUCUCUGAAGAAGUUAUAGAGUUUCUUUCCAAAACUCAUAAUUGUAGUUAUAGUGACCAUGGAGAAUUUAUAACACCAGGGUAUAUCUUGCCUGAACACAUUAUUAGUUACCAAAUUCGAAGAAAAACAGCCCAACCUACUGCAGGAGACUAUGGAAAUUUGGAGUACAGCUUCGUUAAAUUUAGUAAUGAAGCGUUUAACAAUUCCUUCAUUCUUGUGUUUUCUGGGCUGGGCGAUGAAAGUACAAGGAUUUAUAAGUUGACCGAACAGAACGAAAGCCAGUUUUAUGGCCUUUUUCCCGCUGAGCAAGGUGUUCGUGGAUGCUCUUCUACUUAUAAAACUUUCUCUCCGCCAAAAACGAUUGUGGACCACCGAAGUCUUCCUAUAGUUGCUUUAAUAUUCCCGAACUACAAGGAUGUUAGAAUCGAGAAACGUGAUUACUACUUGCAACUUCUCCGGAAUCUCACUCGUAACCAGCCCAAGUUAAUAUCUGAGUUCCAUGAUUUCGAUAAACUUAAGUCUUAUGGAAUGAUUUCUUCCGACGACGGAAGUUUUUAUACAGAAAUCUUAACGUUGAAAGAUUUAAGUAACCCAGAAGGGCUUUUCAUUUCUUACGCCACCGCCGCGGAAAGGGCUUACGUCUCUUCUAUUAAACCACAAAAGUGGGCGCUCACUGGAGCAGCGUGGGCUCUUCUCAUGGGCCUUCAGUUGGUUACAGUUUUAGGGGACUACUGCACUCGUAGAGGUCUUUCUCAUGACCAAACGGAAGUGCUUAACGGGGCCAGUGUGGUGACCACGGCCAACGCGCUCGUGUCCCUCAUUACUACCGUCUUUCCUUUUGCCGUCUUCCAGUUUAUAGCGCCUGUUUUCACGGCGUUGAUGCCAACCACAUGCUACUAUGAGGCGGAUAUCCUCGGUCAAGUUGCUUAUUGCAUGUGGCCCUCUCAUAAGUGCACGGAAAUCAAAUGCCCGUCGCAGGGCCCACUUUUUAUGGGCUGGCAGAUCUUUUUACACCCAAUAAUAAUUCCGUAUAUGAUUGGUCUGUCGGCGCUCUACUUCUUGUGUGACAGCGUGCUUGCCGGCAAGGAGAACUAUGUUUAUUUGAAAGCCGUAUCGGCUGUUGUUAUUUCUAUAGUGCUCAAUGCUCUUAGUAGAGGGAAAGGGUCGAGUGGGCAAACACAUGUGGUGCCGUAUCUUUCGGCUGGGUUAUGCCUUAUGGGGUGUGUGCUCCUUCUUUGGAAGAAAAACAUCACCGCCUUCUUGUCUAAGAGUGCGCCGAUGCACUCACCGGCUUCCCAAAAGGAGACUAUUUUAUAUUUAAUUUUGCUCAUAAUGGUCACCUACGUCUGGGUUGCCCUACAGAAUUAUUCAGCCAUCUAUUGGAGAAUGAAUAUGUUUGCAUUUCUAUCGAUUGAAAAUACCAUGGCCCUGCCCAGCGUUUUCUCAUUUUAUCUAUGCUACAAAAAGUUAGUUCGUAGGAUCUUUGUAUAUAUUAAAGAAACAUGGCCCAAGUUUUGGAAGCCUUUUAAUAAUGAAGGCAAAAAGAUUAGCGAAACGUGCCCUUUAAAUGAAGAUGGCAUCUCCGCAGGAGGAAUAGAUAUUGCGCACCGCCAAAAAAUUGUUUCAGAAGAUGGCUAUUCCUAUGAAGCGACUGAUAUUAUGAAAGGAAUAGGGUCGGGUGCGUUUGAAGUGCUUGUUUCCUCUAUUAAGCUCAGCUUUUUUAAUGGUUAUGCAAGCCUCUGGUUGUUGCUUGGCAAACUUUUGGCUAACUUGCGUGCGCUGGCAUUUUUCUAUAUGAUAGUUAAUUUUGAAAUGGGGAAAGUUCUUUUAUUGGCUACGGCCUUACGCCUACUGGUCAGCAAGUUGAUUUUUAUGGUCAGCAGCCUAAAGGCCUCAUUUAAACACGAUUAUUUACAAAAAAAAAUUUCUCUGGCGGUGGAAGUCACUUCUUUUAUUUUAUUGACAAUUUCUAUUUUAAUGAUCUAUGUUACUAGUUAACUUGAAACCUGACAGUUUUUCCUUAU